UAUUCCAAAUUUGACAUUUCGCCUUGUCAUUGUAUUAGCGGUGCAUCGGUUAUUACUAAGCAAAUUCAAUACAUUCGUUUUGUUUUACUAAACUUAUAACUAGUUUUUAAACUUUUAAAAUGUCUGCUCGUUACGAUAGAGCUAUUACAGUCUUUUCACCAGAUGGCCAUUUGCUGCAAGUAGAAUAUGCACAAGAAGCCGUCCGCAAAGGAUCAACUGCUGUUGGUGUAAGGGGUAAAGAUGUCGUAGUGUUGGGAGUUGAAAAGAAGUCAGUUGCUAAACUUCAAGAAGAAAGAACAGUAAGAAAAAUCUGUCUUCUCGACGAUCAUGUGGUAAUGGCUUUUGCCGGUUUGACAGCAGAUGCUCGUAUACUUAUAAACAGAGCUCAAAUUGAAUGCCAGUCUCACAAAUUGACAGUGGAGGAUCCAGUCACUCUGGAAUAUAUUACAAGAUAUAUUGCUGGACUCAAACAGAAAUACACACAAAGUAAUGGUCGUCGCCCGUUCGGUAUCUCAUGCCUUAUUGGGGGCUUUGACUAUGAUGGUCAUCCUAGAUUGUUCCAAACUGAGCCAUCAGGUAUUUAUUAUGAGUGGAAAGCCAACGCAACUGGCCGAUCAGCCAAAACUGUGCGAGAAUUCUUAGAAAAGAAUUAUACUCCUGAAGAAGUUGCCUCAGAAAAUGGUGCAGUUAAGCUUGCGAUUCGGGCUCUCCUUGAAGUUGUACAAUCUGGUCAGAAGAACCUUGAAAUAGCUGUCAUGAGACGCAACCAACCCAUGCAAAUGUUAGAUUUGGACACUAUCAACUCAUAUGUUACAGUUAUUGAAAAAGAGAAAGAAGAAGAAGCUGAGAAGAAAAAACAGAAGAAGUAAUUUUAUUUUGUAUUUUUUAUGAUUAAUACAUGGCAUAAGGAA